GACCUUCUUCUCAACGAAGGCAACGAUUUCGUGCUUAAGAUCCCAUUCGUGGACCACAUCUUCGACAACAGUGUCAUCGAUGACGUGACCGUUAAAGUGAUUCUUCCGGAGGGCUCGUCUGAUAUAAACUACAGGUCGGCCUAUACUGUGGACCGACAGAAGGAUCAAAAGCAUUACACAUAUUUGGAUACAAUCGGGCGAACAGUUCUUGUCUUUCAUAAAAGCAAUGUAGUCGAAGAGCACAUCCAGGACGUGGAGGUGCACUACAAGUUCAAUAAGAUUUUGCUGCUCCAGGAGCCGCUUCUGGUGGUGGGCGCCAUCUUCUCGCUCUGUAUUCUUGUCGUGAUUUACGUUCGUUUGGAUUUCAGUAUUUCAAAGAACCCUCAGAAGCAGAGUUCGGCUAAAAUUAAUGCAAUCAAUGACUCGAUUAUCGGUCAUCACGACAGACGCGCCACAGUCUACGAACAGUUGGAUAAGGCGUCCAAUAAGUUCAAGACGACCAAAGAUUUGGCCGCUUUUCAGGCGAUUCAGAAGCGACUGAACGCCGAACACAAGACUGAAACGCAGGCCAUCACUGACCUCCAGGCGCGACUCAAACAGGAGGGAGCGUCGUCGGAAUCGUUGGAGAGAGUGAAUGAAUUGCAGCGUUUGGACCGAUCUCUGAAGGAACAGAUCUCCCAACAGAUGCUUUUGGUGGAGAAGUUGGUGAACGGAAAGGUAGCGAAGGCCGCGUAUCUGGAAAGUGACGCACAGAUCACUAAAAAGAAAGAGGAGAGCGUUCACAAGAUACUGGUGCUCAUCAAGAAUUUAUAGUCUCUUUUACAUUGAAAUUUUAAGUUAAAUCAAAACUUCGUUCAUUCAUUCUUAACGCAAUUUUCGAU